AUCCAUGAUAUAUGUUAAUAAUAUAUGUAAUCAUUUUGGUAAUGAUAAAAGGUAUUUUUUAAUUAUUGAGGACUACACUUCUACUUCACUAAUUAAUACACUUCUUAUUAAUUAUUGAGAAACUUGAAAUGUUAAAGAACUUUUCUACUCAAUUUAAUCCGCACUACCUGCAUGUACAAAAAGCACGAUAAUUCCCUAACAUCUUCUAUAAUAAUAGUCAACAGUAAGCGAUUAAACGAUUGAUUAAAAUUAAUCAUUGGCAGAGCCGCAUAUUUAAAGACGUAUAAUAAUAUAUAUAUACAAGUAUUCAUUUUAAUCAUAUGCCAUUAAUUUUCACAACUCAGCAAAUAAUGUUUUUGCUUGUUAUGUAUGGAUGUUGCGCAAUAAAAUCACAAUCCGAUUUAAAAUGAAAAUUUUCACUUGCAUUCUAAUAUAACGUAUGUAAUAGUAGUCCUCAAAUAAAAUGCAAUUGCAUGUAACACAUACGUCAAUGUGUAAAAAAAGAUGAUAAUUCUUAAGCCGUACAAAAUUUAAUACGGUAUUAUUUUUUCUACUUAAACUUAAAAAAAGCUAAAGCUCAUUUCGGUUCCUAGAAUUUCUUCAUAUGUAUAUUAUUUCAUAAAGAGAAUGCUCUAUCAAAUUAUGGUCUUUUGAAUAAAUUAUGUAUGAAUUAUGUAUUUUACUAACGUAAAGUUGUACUAUGCUCUAGAUCCCUCCACAUAAUACUUAUGCCUAUUUAUUGGAUAUAAGAGGAACGUUACUCGUCAGUAUAGCAGUUGAUCGUAGAUCACCGUUCGCACGCGAGCAUUUUAAUCACGCCGCAUAAAUAUUCGAACAAAGUUCAUCUAGUAAGCUGCGCAUUACGUUUCUUCGGGAGUUUAAUUGCAUCGUGUAGAAAAAGUUAUCAAUAUGAUAUAUGUAAUUGUCUUGCCAGUGAUACUAGGUACUUUAGGCCUGUAUUAUUUCCUCUUCAAAGAUCUGAAUUACUUCAAGAAACACGGAAUUCCACAUAUGACGCCUCUGCCCAUUAUUGGAAACCUAGGAUCAAUUAUCAUUCGUCGUCAAUCAGUAGCUGAAUUUGUUAAAUCAAUGUAUAAUUUGCAUGUUGACGCCAAGUAUAUUGGUUUGUAUGAUAUGACCAAACCACUUAUAAUAAUUCGCGACCCUGAGCUUAUUAAAUUCGUAACAUUAAAACAUUUUGAUAAGUUCAUGGAUCGGAUGAAUUUCAUUAAUGAAAAUCAAGAUCCAUUUUUCGGCAAAAACCUGGUCGUUCUUCGCAGAAACAGGUGGCGAGAAGUGCGAUCCAUAUUGACUCCGGCUUUUACGUCCAGUAAAAUGAAAAGUAUGUUUAAACUAAUGUCAGAUUGCAGCGUCGACUUUAGCAAUUACUUGGUACAAUUGCCACGGGAGAAAAGAACAAUAGAAAUGAAAGACAUCUUUACAAGAUACACAAACGACGUAAUCGCUACUUGCGCUUUUGGUGUCAAUGUUGAUUCUAUGAGAAAUCCGGAAAAUGAUUUCUAUACAUAUGGUAAAGAAGUGACCGUUAUCAAUAUCCUCUUCUUUUUGAAGAUUUACAUUUUUAGAAGCAUGCCUUGGCUAGCACAAAUAAUUCGAUUGAAAGUUGUUCAAAAGAAAAUAUCAAAUUUUUUUCGAGAUAUGGUAGAAACAACAAUAAAAAUUAGAAAUGAAAAAAAUAUUAUUCGACCAGAUAUGUUACAGCUGAUGAUAGAUAUUAGAAACAAAGAUGGCAAAACAGCAUUGACUAUUGACGAUAUGGUAGCACAAGCGUUUGUUUUCUUCUUUGGAGGUUUCGACAGCAGUUCAACAUUAAUGUGUUUUGCUGCUCAUGAAAUCGCGUUGAAUCAGAAUAUACAAGAAAAACUUCAAAAUGAGAUCGAUCAAGUCUUGGAAAAUAACACUGGACUUUACGAAGCACUUUACGAAGCGGUUAAUAAUAUGGAAUAUCUGGAUGCAGUAAUUAGUGAGACUCUCAGGAUGUAUCCAAGUGGUAUAGUAUUUGACAGAUUAUGCAUGAAAGACUUUGAGCUACCAUCGACAUUACCUGGUAUAAAACCAUUUACUAUAAAGAAAGGGCAAGGUGUUUGGAUACCGGUUUAUGGACUUCAUCAUGAUCCUAAGUACUUUAAAGAACCGGAGAGAUUUGAUCCCGAGCGAUUUCUAGGUGAGCGGAAGAAGGACACUCUCAAUUGUGGAGCCUACCUUCCUUUCGGUCUUGGUCCCAGAAAAUGCAUAGGUAACAGAUUCGCAUUGCUGGAGACAAAGAUUCUGCUUUUUCACUUACUAGCACGUUGCGAGUUAAAACCCUGCGUAAAGACAUCGAAGAUGCCCAUGAAGAUGGCAAAAGACGGUUUUACUUUGAAACCUAAAGAUGGUUUUUGGUUGGAUGUGAUACCAAGGAAAAAUAUACAUCAUAGUCUCGCAGCUAAUGUUGUGAAUGGAAAACUCUAAAACAAAAAAUAAUGAAAACGAUAUGAUAAUGACGCAUGAUUUGGUACUCUUGACUUUUCGAUAAGAUGUUUAUACUGAUGCACAAGAUCAAGCGAAGCAAAAUCGUUGAAUUAUUAACAUUUAUAUCCUGGUACGUGUAAUGCUAAGACGAUAUACAUCUUGCAAAAAAUAUAUAAAAUAUAUAAAAUAUACACAGUAAAA